AUGGCACUGUGUGAAAGGGACGUGUGCUAUAUCCAGUGGAUCGUCUAUGUCCCCACAUUCCUUGUGGGUUUUCCCCUCAACCUGGCCGCUCUGUGGCUCCUCCUCUUCAGGAUCCGUCGAUGGACUGAGUCCACGGUGUACCUCAGCAGUCUGAUCAUCAACAACAGCCUUCUCAUCUUCUCUCUGCCCUUCAAGAUGUACGCCUACGGCCGCACCUGGGGCCUGAGCAUGGGCUUCUGCACCUUCCUGGAGAGCCUGGUGUUCGUCAACAUCUAUGGGAGCAUCAUACUGAUCGUGUGCAUCUCGGGCGACCGCUAUGUUUCUCUGCGGUUUCCAUUCAACGGCAAGAGUCUGCGCUCGCCACGGAAGGCUGCCAUGGUAUGCCUGGCCGUGUGGGUGACGGUAUUCGCUUUCACCAUGCCCGUCUAUGAGCUCCACAACAAAAACACCACCAGCCUGCACAACGGCAACGAAACCAGGUGUUUUGAGAAAUUCUCCAGAGAAACCUGGGAGAAGAAAUGGAUCAUCGUCACCAUGGAGACAGUGUUCACAAUCAGCACCAUCACUAUGGUGUUCUUCUCAGUGUGCGUGAUGCAGAUCCUGAGUAACAUGCGGCGUCGGUACCCGCUGGACGAGAAGCUGAGGGACAACAAGUCUGUGAAGAUCGUCCUGAGCAACCUGGUGGCCUUCCUGCUGUGCUUCAUCCCCUACCACGUGGCCGCAGUCGUCUACUUCCUGGCCAAGAACCGCACAGAGGACCCGGGCGUCAUCAACCCCCUCAGAGACUUCGUCCACAUCAGCACCUGUCUGAGCAGCGUCAACUGUCUGACGGACGGGGUCUGCUACUACCUCAUCCUGAAGGAGAACCUGCUGACUGCCAGCCAGGAGAGGAGGAGGAUGUCCAUUAGAGGGAACAUGGUGGCAAAGCCCCGGGAAAUCAACCAGCGUCCGAUGGACAACAUCAAGGUCAAGGGACCCGGAGAGACAGGAUCAGACACCCAGGUCACUGGAAAUCGAUAGGACUUGCUAGAUAGAUGUGGCUUAUCACUUCUUGCCGCGUGCAGAGUGGAGAGCAGGGUGGAGAUGCUUCCCCUGUAGAUGGAUGGCUAUUACCUCUAUCUGGGAAAUGGGAAACUCAGAUCCCCACAGCAGAGAGAGGAGACAAGUCUCAUGAAAGACUCUUGAAGAAUGAAUGAAUGAAUGGCCAACACAAUGUUUUCAAAUCAAUCAUCCAACCUUCAAGUUUAUGUUCUAUUAUAUUCUCACUCAUCACACCUGUGACCUCAUACAAGUCUUACCCUUUAGGAGGCUGAGAUUCAUAGAGGUUCCACAGAAGAUCUCAGAGGGCAUAUCUAACACUAACUAAUCUGAUCAACAAAAGGCAUGGGAUUUACAACCCUGAGUCGUGUAAUUUAUUCAUACUGAAUAGAAGCAUAUACAUAAUUAUACAUUGUUCAGAUAUGGACUGUUCAGAUGUAAGCCAACCACUCUCAAUCUAGCAGUUUAGUAAUAAUACUUUAAAGUACUUCUUAAGUAGUUUUUUGGGGUAUCUGUACUUUAUUUUACUAUUUAUAUUUUUGACUUUUACUUCACUAAAGAAAAUAAUGUACUUUUUACUCUAAACAUUUUCCCUGACACCCAAAAGUUACAUUUUGAAUGCUUAGCAGGACAGGAAAAUGGUCCAAUUCACUCACUUAUCAAGAGAACAUCCUUAGUCAGCCCUACUGCCUCUGAUCUGGCGGACUCACAAACACAAAUGCUUCGUUUGUAAGUUAUGUCUGGGUGUUGGAGUGUGCCUCUGGCGAUCCGUAAAUUGAAAACACAAGAAAAUGGUGCCGUCUGGUUUGCUUAAUAUAAGGAAUUUGAAAUGAUUUACACUUUUACUUUUGAUACUUAAGUAUAUUUAAAACGUUAACUGGAGUCAUUUUCUAAUAAGGUACCUUUACUUUUACUCAAGUAUAUAAAUUGGGUACUUUUUCCACCACUGCAAUCUAGCCAGCACAAAUGUGUACAUCCAGACCAUUUAAAAUCUAAAACGGUAUUUCAAUGUUUUAGACAGUUGCUCUUGAUCAUCAUCUGUUUGUUUUUAAUUAUUCACUACGAAUAACUCACUUUUGGCAAAACAAAUGAUGACUGUCUGUAUAGGUCAGAGAGUUCAGAGAUACUUCCUGUUAUCAAGAGUCUUCAAACAGAUUAGCAGAAAGGAUGGCAGGCCCUUCCUGAGAUAAAAAAAAAAGCACCCUCACUUCCUGUUUCAACAAUUGUUUCAACACUUGUAUUAAAAAAACAGAGUAAAGAUCAGCUCAACCUCUAUACAGACCGCUCUGGUAGGAACUGGUAACCAGAGCACUGAGCUGCUGGUUUGGUGUGGUUUCUGUCUCUUUUCAGUUCACAUGCACAGACACACACAGCUGUGUCUGUCUUAAAGGAGCAGAGAUACAGUACCAUGAACAACACCAACAAUACCUUAGAGGACAGCGCUCCGUAGCUGAGUUGUGUGAAUGCCGUGUAUACAGCCUCUGCCGCGGUGUACGGCUGUGUGGUGGUGCUGGGCCUGCUGCUCAACGCCUGUUGCUAUGGGUUCUGGUCCGCCACCACGGCCUCAAAUCCUCCAGCGCUGUCUUCAUGAGCCACCUGGCUCUGUCCGACCUGCUGCUGGUGCUCUCCCUGCCCACCCGGGUCUACUUCUACGCCACGGGCACCUGGCCCCUGGGCAUCCAGGCCUGCACGGCCACCACUAUGCUGUUCCGCAACAACAUCCGCUCCAACACCGUCUUCAUCACCUUCAUUGGCCUGGACAGGCUGCUGGCUGUGGUCUACCCUCUAAGAACCCGCCACCUCCGCACCACCACCAACGCCUGGAAGGCCUGUGUCUUCAUCUGGGUCCUGAUCGUGGCGGUCAACAUCCCAGAGGCCCUCUACAAGAUCAGUCAGAUUAAGAGCUGUAACGCCACUGACAAAUGCUUUGAGUGGACAACUCAUGGAUGUGCCGUGGAUGUGCCGAUCGCUGGUUACGUGCAGUCAGGGCUGGUGUUCGCCAUGCUGGGGGUCAACGUGGUCUCCACCGCCAUGGUGUACUGGACGCUACGCAGGCACCUCAGCGAUGCCGCCAGGGUCAACAACAAGAUGAACGUCAUGAUGAUCUUCACCAUCAACCUUCUGAUGUUUAUUGUCUUCUUCCUGCCAUUCUCCAUCGUGCUUACGCUCAGAAUCAGGGAGGCUGUCAUGCCCAUGUUCUGUCUGGCCAGCGUCAACUGUUGUCUAGAUCCACUGUUGUACUACUUCUCUUUAGAUGCUUUCUGGAAGAAGAAAGAGGGUUUCUCUGGCCAGAUCACAUGA